GCAUGUCUUAAGGAUGGGACAAAAUGGUGAUGAAUUUUCAGCUUGUUUAAGCAUACCCUGAAUUUCACAUUCACAGUGAUAACAUUGUUCCAGGAACAGUCGCAUUUUAUGAAUCGUCUCCUACGAAGCAGACGUCCAAAUUGUCCGCAACAGUUGUGAAAAGUAUAACGAUAUUCCGGCGUUAUUUUGCGAACAGUUCAAUACGCGUUUUCAAUUUCCUCGAGUUUCAUCACAUAGCGACGGUCUAUAGGAAGCAAGGGAAUCAGACUGCGUAAGAACGCAGACGUUUCUCCAGUUCAACGAAGAACAGUGGCACUCGGUUCAGCCGAGAGAGAAAGAGAGAGAUUCGUCACAAUGACUGCUGUGAUUCUACGAAAAUCACAUCGGUGAUGGUUACAACGACAAAGUAGCGUGGUAUCACCGAUAGGUGACGUCGUAACAUUGGAUUUUGAAGAUUACCUACAUAACUGACAAGUCGUUUCAGCGGCUUAACAGGUGCGAACAGCCUGUGCUGUGUGUAUACUUGACUUUUCAUAACAUCUUGAAAAGAAGUUGGCAUGGCUUCGGGAAUAUUGCAGAAAGCUAUAGAACUUGUGACAAAGGCCACAGAGGAGGAUCGUAAUAAGAACUAUGAAGAAGCUCUGAGGUUAUACGAGCAUGCUGUUGAAUACUUCCUACAUUCGAUCAAAUACGAGACACAUGGAGACAGAGCAAAGGAAAGCAUAAGAGCAAAAUGUGUGCAGUAUUUAGAGAGAGCCGAAAAAUUAAAGGCUUAUUUGAAGAAGAGUAAGAAGAAGCCGGUUAAAGCUGGAGAAGAUAAUUCUAAGAGUGAAGAUAAGAAAAGCGACAGUGGUGACAGUGAUACAGAUAGUGAUCCUGAAAAGAAAAAAUUACAGAGCAAAUUGGAAGGAGCUAUAAUCAUCGAGAAGCCAGAUGUCAAAUGGAAUGAUGUGGCUGGUCUUGACGGAGCCAAAGAAGCUUUGAAGGAAGCAGUUAUUUUACCAAUUCGUUUUCCUCAUCUUUUUACUGGAAAACGUAUACCUUGGAAGGGUAUCCUAUUAUUUGGGCCACCAGGUACUGGUAAAUCAUAUUUGGCAAAGGCAGUAGCGACAGAAGCCAACAACUCUACUUUCUUCUCUGUAUCAUCGUCGGAUUUAGUAAGCAAGUGGUUAGGAGAGUCGGAAAAACUUGUAAAAAAUUUGUUCGAACUAGCACGACAACACAAACCUAGCAUUAUAUUUAUUGAUGAAAUAGAUUCACUUUGCUCGUCACGUUCCGACAAUGAAUCAGAAUCCGCAAGAAGGAUAAAAACAGAAUUUCUAGUUCAGAUGCAAGGUGUAGGAUCCGAUAACGAUGGUAUACUUGUGCUGGGUGCAACCAACAUACCUUGGGUCCUGGAUUCUGCGAUCAGACGACGAUUCGAAAAGAGGAUUUACAUUCCAUUGCCCGAGGAACAAGCACGGGCUGUCAUGUUUAAGAUUCACUUGGGCAACACAUCGCAUUGUUUGACGGAAGAAGAUUUUAGGAAAUUAGCGGCCUCUACCGAAGGUUACUCUGGGGCUGAUAUAAGCAUUAUUGUACGAGAUGCUCUAAUGCAGCCAGUCCGACAAGUGCAAACGGCUACGCACUUUAAGCGCGUUAAAGGGCCGUCACCGAAGGAUCCUUCCAUUAUCGUUGAUGAUUUACUCACUCCAUGCUCCCCUGGUGAUCCAGCUGCUAUAGAAAUGAGUUGGAUGGAAGUAGAGGGUGAUAAAUUAUACGAGCCACCAGUUACCAUGAAAGAUAUGUUGAAAUCGCUAGCAACGACCCGUCCUACAGUGAACGAGGAGGAUAUGACAAAGUUAGAGAAAUUUAAGGAAGAUUUCGGUCAAGAGGGUUGAGGGAUCCUUAAACUCUCUUGUAAUCAAGUAAACAGAUUUUUGAUUCAACGAAUAUCUUUAGUUAUACACGCUUGCCUUAUUCCUUUAAUAUUUGACACUCGACAGUGUCUGCAUGAAAAAUAUGCUCGGAAACGAGUUUAUUACUCUUUUGUCGCCUCUUUACUUUCAAUUUUUUCUUUUUCCAAACGCGACACGCAAAGUGGAUACAAUCUGGCAUCGUGAGCUUAUCGCUUGUUUACUUAGCGAAAAUAAUACAUAACUAUAACUAUAUAUAUUACUAAAUAAACUAUAUAUAUUUUGAGAUAAAAAAUUCUUAGAUUUAUCAAACAGUUAGAGACGAGAGAUAGAUUAUUUUUUAUUAUAAAGUGCAAAGUAGAAAAAAAAAUGUUGGUGACAUGUUUACGCGAGGUAUGGCAAAUUCUGUGUUUAACGCAUCACUAUAUAAUCACUAUGAUAUGUACCUAACAAAUUAAUUGUACAUCAUAUAGAUUUUGCAGUUACUUCCUAACCACCUUUGAUUAUGAUUUUAAAGCGUUCUCAUGUAUUAUUCGAUUAUUUAAAUUCGGGACUGGGCUUACCAGUGAUCGCGCUCGCGAAAAAUUGGAAUCGAAUCGCAUGGCUAGCCGAUUUAAAAAAAGUUGGCUAAUUGAAAUCGCGGUAAGAUAGCGCGAAAAUAUUAUGUAAUAUAUAAUACAUACGUAUGCACUACUGAUAAUCAGAAUGCUGUUUUCAUGUAAAUUGUUUUUAUUGUUAACUAAAUAAAUAACAAGCUGUAUACUGA